AUGGCAGCUGCCCCAAGCAACGAUAACGAUGCCAUCAUCCUGCAGUUUGAGGAUAUGCGCCGGCGCAGUGAAAUCCUCUUGAAUGAGUUACAACAGCUUGAGCAACUGGGAAACCCCAACAGCAGAGACCUGAUCCUCCCCGGCCAGCUACAAAAUGGCUGGCUGACAGUCCCUGGUAUCCGACCCAUGGUCAAUCGAGUCAAGUCGGAGACUCUGAGUCUGGAACGUGCCUUGCAAGACUACAAAAAGCGGUUACCGUCGGAUUCCGAAGACGAUCUGGAACUGGCAAGGAAACGAUUACGUAGCCGCCUUGUGUCUUGCAACCUGCCCUCGGCAGAGGCGCAAUGGGAUGUCAUAAAGCGCUGUUCUGAUCUGAGGGCUGUCGGUCAGCAGUUCUCCCGCACCAUGGCUUUGACUCAUGGGGGAAAGCCGCGGCCUCAAUCACUCAACGAUCAAAAAAAGGAGUCCAGGAAACCUGUGCCACCUGGGCAGCUCGCUCUUGUCGACGCUAUUGUUGAUGGUGGUGCGGAAUGGAUCCGCGUCAUGAGCAUUACAGAGGGCCGAUUGCUUGAGGAGAUGGCCGCGGGUGGCUGGGAUUGGGGGUGCGAGGACAGUGACGACGAAAACGAAGGCUCGGGCGACGCGGCAGGAACUGGAGGCAACGAUGACGGCGGCGACGACGAUGAGAUGGAGAUAUCGAUCAUUAAGACGAUCAAAGGUCUUGUGCAAGCCGCCGAGAUAAACCAGGCAACCACCCCAGGAGCCAGCGCAAUAGGUUCAGGCGAGAUAAGGAUACACGUGGUGCUUACCAGGAUACGCGAAGGUUCGCAACCAGAAAUCGACAGGCUCCUUCGUCACGCCCGAAGAAUGGGACGCGGCAACAUAAAGGUCAUAAUUGACGGCACAGAGUCUGGCAUCUGCAGUGAACCAAUACCUCCUCUUGAAAAGGCCUUGCAAAAUCUAGUGCCGUAUUCAGGCUCGCCUGAAAAGUAUCUCACCGAAAAGAUCAAUCUCGAUGCUAGCACCAUGAUUGCAUUGAUCUCGGACAUCUCUCAUGCGCAGAUCGAGGUUCAGGAUUGGCACCGCAAGGAUAUCCAAAAGCAGAUACAGGAGGAGGACUCCGGGUCCAAUGCGACAGUCGCCAAGUUCCUCUAUCCGCUGCUAGUGGACAGAGAGCUGGUUUGCACCCUCGGUGCCGCACAACGUGUUUGGGACAUUGUCAGCAUGAUGGGCACAGGAGGCGAGCCUUCACGAACGGCGCUGCUCAUACCUCGCCCAGGCCAAGACCCAGAGCUGACCGAGGAGGAAUCAUUGAAGAAGUUGCGGGAACACUGUGUCCAUCCUGUACCAGAUGGGCUCAGGCUGCCCAUCAAGAUUGUUGAUGCCAAGAUGACGGAGAGAUGGGAGGGUCUGGUUGAGGAUGGGAAACUGCCCAAGGUGGUCAGACCCAUCGCCAAGGACCUUCUCAAUGAGGUCAACAUGGAGUCGUUUCUGUACGGCUGGGAGGUCGGCAUCACAACAGUGACAGCCAACGGCUCUCUUGCGCAGCAAAUCGGCAGAGCUCUUGAAGAAGAUCAAAUACGGAGACGGCAGACCCAGAAAGGAGAGGAGGGCUCCAACUCACCGCCACAGGCACCGUUGAUAUUGGUGCACUCGGUCAGAAGGUCCCUUGGAGCCAAGGGACAGCCGAGAGAGCGUCGGAAAACCAACGGCGGUACCAAAGAAUAA